AUGAAAGGAGAAGGAGGUGGUGGUCUAUCUUGUGUCAUUACUUUAUACACAAUACUACUAGCAUAUGCAUGCACGUUUACAAUUAUUUUUGUUCAUGCAAAAACACUGCAUGCUGAUGAUUCUAUGAUAGCACAAGUAACAGACAAUGUGAACAACCACCUCCUUGGUACUCAUACAGAGCACCAAUUUGCCGUGUUCAUAAAAGAACACGGCAAACAGUACUCUUCUAGGGAAGAGUACCUGCACCGUCUUGGUGUGUUUGCAAAAAACUUAAUUAGAGCCACUGAACACCAGCUGCUUGACCCCACUGCUGUCCAUGGGGUUACGCCUUUUUCGGAUUUGUCCGAAGAAGAGUUUGAGGGUAUGUAUUUGGGUGUGAAAGGUGGUGGAAGUAGUUUGAUGAGUAAUGGUCUUGAAACUGCACCUUUGUUGGAUGUUGAUGAUUUACCCGAGGAAUUUGAUUGGAGGGAGAAAGGGGCUGUUACUGAGGUUAAGAAGCAGGGAAUGUGUGGAGCAUGCUGGGCGUUUAGUACGACGGGCGUUAUCGAAGGUGCAAAUUUCAUUGCAACAGGGCAGCUUCGCAACUUAAGUGAGCAACAACUUGUUGAUUGUGAUCACACGUGUGAUUCUACAGAAAAAGAUGCUUGUGAUAGUGGAUGCCGUGGUGGCCUUAUGACAAAUGCGUACAAUUAUCUUAUCAAAUCCGGAGGCAUACAAUCAGAAGAAUCAUAUCCAUACACCGGAAAAUCUGGCAAAUGCAAGUUUGAUCCUAAAAAGAUAGCCGCGACGGUUGUGAACUUCACCAAUAUCCCUGCUGAUGAAGAUCAAAUGGCUGCCCAUUUGGUCAAGCAUGGCCCUCUUGCUGUUGGGUUAAAUGCGGCGUUCAUGCAAACUUACAUUGGUGGGGUGUCAUGUCCGUUGAUUUGUUCCAAGAAACAUGUGAACCAUGGGGUGCUCAUCGUGGGGUAUGCUUCAAAAGGGUUUUCGAUACUGAGGCUGGGUUAUAAGCCUUAUUGGAUCAUCAAGAACUCGUGGGGAAAACGUUGGGGAGAUAAGGGAUACUAUAAGCUUUGCAAAGGGUCCGGCAUGUGCGGCAUGAAUACAAUGGUUUCAGGUGUUAGGACUCGAUAA